AUGCAGCUCUUCCAGUUCAAUAUCCAACUUACGCACCACUUUCUCCCCAUCAUGUUGUCCCAAGUCGCACUCCUCUCCCUCGUCGCCAGCAUGGCAGCUGCGCAAACCCUCAACAUCCCCACUCGCUCCGGCAGCAUCGUCUCGCUCCCCCAGCCCAGCACCAUCACCGGCAGCGUCAACUUCGGUAACAAGGAGUUCGACCGCGGUCGGCCUUGCAACUCAGACGAAGACACUGGCAGCGACAGCGCCGUCUUCAUCCUCCAGAACGGCGCGUCCAUCUCCAACGUCAUCAUUGGCGCAAAUGCGCUCGAGGGCGUGCACUGCUUGGGUAUGUUCUAUGUUCAUCUCGCGACCCCGCAAGAAUGGUACUGA